AUGGCUCAAGAGUUCAAGCUCAAAGGAGUGUCAAAUCUCGACCUGAAAGAUUUAGAUAAGGUCGAGGCAGAGGUCGAGGGCAUCGAAGGCGGCAAAGUCCUCCUCGUCAGGGUUGGGAACGAAAUAUCAGCCCUCAACGCCAACUGCACACACUACGGCGCUCCCUUGAAGAAUGGGGUGCUCACCCCCGAGGGCCGCCUGACUUGUCCAUGGCAUGGAGCAUGUUUCAACGUCAAGUCCGGCGACGUCGAGGACUCCCCGGCACCUAAUGCCCUGAACAAGUUUGACGUGUUCGAGAAAGAGGACGGCGUAUAUGUCAGAGGCAAGCAGUCGGACAUCAAGGGCGGCCAAAGAAAGGUCAACAUCAAGACGAAGCCCACCUCUUCGGACAAAGUGGUCAUUGUUGGAGGGGGCUCCGGCACAUUCGGUGCUCUCCUCAAACUCCGUGAACUGGGUUACCCAGGCCAGAUCACCGUGAUCACGGACGAAGGCUACCCUAUUGAUCGGCCGAAACUCUCCAAAGCCCUCAUCACAGACGCCUCGAAGAUUUACCUCCAGCCUGAAGAAUGGUACGCCGAGGGCUCGAUCGAGUUCUUCCCGGACACCGUCACCGCCGUCGAUUUUGAUGGGAAGACCGUCAAGACCAAAACCGGCAAGUCGUUUCCCUACACCAAACUCAUCCUCGCCAGCGGCGGUACGCCUAAACAGCUACCUCUUCCGGGGUUCAAGGACCUCUCGAACAUCUUCCUCCUGCGCAAGGUCAGCGAUACACAAGCGAUCGUCAAGGCUGUGGGCGACAAGGGCAAAAACAUUGUCAUUAUCGGCUCUAGCUUCAUUGGCAUGGAAGUCGCCAAUGCCCUUGCCAAGGAGAAUUCGGUGACCGUCGUUGGCAUGGAGUCUGCCCCGCUGGAACGUGUCAUGGGAAAAGAAGUCGGGCAGAUCUUCCAGCGGUCACUCGAGAAGAACGGGGCAAAAUUCUACCUGAACGCCGGUGUCGACUCGGCCAUCCCGUCCUCAACAUCCGCGGACUCUGUGGGUGCCAUCAAGUUGAAGGACGGGACAGAGCUGCAAGCGGAUCUGGUGAUUCUGGGCAUUGGUGUCGCCCCUGCGACGGAGUACCUGCGCGACAACCCGAGUGUGCAGUUGCUGAAAGACGGAAGUUUGGACGUAGACGAGAAGUUUGCCGUCAAAGGGCUUAAGGACGUUUGGGCGAUCGGAGAUAUCGCGACGUACCCCUAUCACGGACCCGGCGGGAACGGAGCACCUGUGCGGAUCGAGCAUUGGAAUGUGGCACAGAACCAGGGCCGGACCGUGGGCCAGCUCAUCGCGCAGCCAUCAAGCAAGCCCAAACCGUUCAUCCCUAUCUUUUGGUCAGCUCUGGGCAGCCAGCUGCGGUACUGCGGUUCGGGAGCGAUUGGCUGGGAUGACCUCGUCAUCAAGGGUGAGCCGGAGAACGGCAAGUUUGCGGCGUACUAUGCCAAGGGCGACCAGAUCGUCGCGGUGGCCAGCAUGAUGAUGGAUCCCAUCAUGACCAAGUCAGCCGAGUUGAUGAGGCAUGGCAAGUUGCCUUCCAAGUCCGAUAUUCAAGGGGGCCAGGACAUAUUGCAGGCGAGCCUGUAA